AUGGGAUACGGAAAUCAAAAUAAACUGGACUUUAAUGAAGAACCACAACUAGAGCUGGACAUAGAGCACGAAGCAGCAGCAGAAGAAUUAUCGUCUGAAGAGUUUUGUUUAAUGGUCUCUCGCAUGUUAGCUUCUCUCACAGAUUUAAUCAAUGAACGAUUUGAGCGCAUGGAGUUAUUGCUGCAGAAAAGCACAGACGCCAUCAAAGCGACGCUGGACAAUAUCGAGAGAAGUAAGGAAGAACGUUCAGCUGCAAAGAGGAGCAAGGAUGAAAAGGGCGAUGAGCCAUCUCUGAAGCCAGCGAGGAAACGACGACUACUGUUGCUGACCAAUGUGAGGCAGAAGAGAAAAAUGUUGCUCAUCUGUUCCCACGAAGAAGACCAAGCCCCGCCUCCAUCUGUGCGGCAGCUGGUGUUCAAGAUUCAACCUUGCUUUGGUUGA